UCACGAUGUCACGUGGCCGGCAGAACGCACGGGUUGAUUCGCUGUGGCCUUCUGACGUUGCCGCAGAUGAGCAGACAUGGCGGGUCUCAAUAGUAUGGAAAAGAAGUUGGCAGAAUACAAGUGUAACACAAAUGAAGUCAUUAAGUUAAAAUUGGUGCGCUUCCCUGAGGACAUCGACGAUGACAGCACAACAUUUAGCCCAGAGUUUAGCCACCAGUUAUUUGGAGAUGAUGAGGUGGCAUUUGGAUAUAAGGGUUUGCAGAUUCUGCUUUACUACAGUGCUGGAAACCUUUCCACCAUGUUCCGUGUCCAUUACACCUCUAAAGUCGAUGAGAAGUUUGAAGGAGUCCAAGCUGAUGACGUUGAAAGCAAAAUUCGUGAAAUUAUUCCCCCUGGAUUCUGUCAGGGGACCGAUGAUUUUGUAUCAUUAUUGGAAAAAGAAGUGAAUUUUAAACCCUUUGGCCCUAUAAUACAUACCUAUACAGUGUACAAUGAGGAAGCUGGGGAAGAAAUCACUUACCAGAUACACAAGGCUGAGUUGACCUGCCCAGGCUUCAGAGAGUAUCACGAAAGGCUCCAGACCUUCUUGAUGUGGUUCAUUGAAACAGCCAGUUACAUUGAUGUGGAUGAUGAGCGAUGGGACUUCUUUCUGGUAUUUGAGAAGUACAAUAAAGACGGGACUACACUCUUUGCGACUGUAGGCUACAUGACAGUCUAUAAUUACUAUGUGUACCCAGACAAAACCCGGCCACGUGUAAGCCAGAUGUUGGUUUUGCCUCCAUUUCAGGGUGAAGGGCACGGGGCUCAGUUGCUGGAAACAGUUCAUAGAUAUUAUGUUUCUUCCCCAAAGAUUUUGGAUGUUACAGCUGAAGAUCCAUCUGAGAACUUUGUCAGGCUCCGAGAUUUCGUUCUUGCUAAACUUUGCCAAAAUCUGCCAUGCUUUUCUCCUGAGAAACUUCUUGAAGGGUUCAGUCAAGAGAUGGUGACAGAGGCUCAGCAGAAACUCAAGAUAAAUAAGCAACAUGCAAGACGCAUUUAUGAAAUCCUUCGGCUCCGUGCAACUGACAUGAGUGAUCCUGAGAAAUCCCGAGCUUACAGACUAGAAGUCAAAAAGAGACUUGUUGGCCCGUAUAAGAAAAAUCAGAGGGAGAUGGCCAAGAUGAGGCGAUGUUUAAACCCUGAGGAGCUUACCAACCAGAUGAAUCAAAUAGAUCUGAAGACACAACACGAGCAGCUAGAGGAGAGUUACCAGGAGCUUGUGUCCGACUACAGGAGGACAGUGGAAAGACUUGCCCAAGCAUAAGGCACUUAAGAGUUAUUAAGGAAGUUCUAAAAUGUUGUACAUGCAUCAAACCUUCAGCCGUUUCCAGUGUUGCCAGUUCUGAAUAAAGUCCACAUUGAUAUGUUUCUAGAACUUAUAACCUCUGGACUUAAAAUUUCAGCUCUAGCGCUGAUCUGUAUUGCAUUAAUGCCGUUCCCUGAGGCAGCACUUUCAUACUUUUCAUUGGCAGAAUCUUAAAGGGUUGUGCCGCCUGGACAUUAAAUGUCUGAUAGGUGUGGGUUCCACAUCUGGUUCCACACCUAUCUCCACAGUGGGGAACCAUCUUGCACUGUAGAGAGGUGGCUGCGCAUGCGCAACAUUUGCUUUUUUUUUUUUUUUUUUGUAAGUGACUUCUGAAAAUAGGCAAGUGCCCCUGCCCAGAUAUUCUCUGAAGUCUCAUAGAAGUGAAUAGAGAGAGCUGUGCAUGUGUAGCCAACUCUCUAUUCCCAGCAGAGGCAGACAGGACCCUGUACGCAAGAUGGGUGCGGGGCCCACUUCUGGGACUUUGCUUCUGUUGGAUACACCAUAAAUGUCCAGAUGGGACAACCUCUUGAAACCAGGCACCUGUAGUAGUAUAUACUAAGGUGUAACAGGUCUGUGUAGGCACAAUACAUGUGGUGGGCUGUAAAACUUCUCUUCUCAUCAAUUAAUCUGAAAUAUGUACAUAGUCCAACCUCUGCCCCAGGCAUUUCACAUACAUACUUUUGAUUUUUGUGCAUUUGAGCUCUUUUUCAUAUUCAGCUAGGUUCUUAUGUAGUUAUCCAGUGACACAAUAAAAAUAAAAUAAAAAAAUAGUAAUAGUAAAA